CUGAAAUUUAAUCUGGUUUUCGUAUUCUGAUUGAAAUAUUUGUUAUUUCAGCCUUCAGUCUAAUAAUCAUUAUAUUAUUCAUCAAAUUUUAGUAUAAAUAUAAACAUAAAUUCAAUCAUUUGAUUAGUUUUCAAUUGCCAUUUGCUUUCAUAAGUCUUUAAAAAUGUUUAAAUUAAUUGUUUUAAUUGCUUUUUGUGGUGCCGUUCUGGCAGUCAAUGGAGACGAUGAACACAAACAAUUGCACGAAUUGGCCGCUAAUAUAAUGCAAAAUCUACAGAAGGAUCACAUGCCGAGUGACGGGUCCAACAACGGCGCCCCCAACGCACCCCUCCAUCACAUGCAUAAUAUCGGCAAAAAUGCUAUGAAUUCCGAAUACAUCGACAAAACCGAUAAAUUGAAAGUUUCGGUCGGAGUUAAAGGCAUUCGGUUUGUAUCGGUUGAGAGAAACGGCAAAGUCGUGAACAUUAGCGCAGCCUUUGGUGUCGGAGCCGUCGCUCUCUAUACGAUCGACAGGGAAGACAAUGAAGGCAUUCAAUACUAUAACCGAAAGUCCGAAAUGGAUGUCGAGGCAGAAAUUGACGCAUCUCUUCAACGAUUGAGUGAUGAAUAUUUGAUGGAUAUUCCGGAAAUUGCGGGUAAAAACCAAACCAAAAUCCUCGCCUCACAAAAAGCCAAAUAUGGGUUGAAAGUGGAGCAGAAAUCUCAACACAAGAAUCUGAAGGUAUCUGUAGAUCACGGCUUUAUUGUAGGGGCUGUUGUCAAUGUCACCUCUAAUGGCAAACUCAAUUGAAUGCCUGUUCAUAUAAUUCACAACUUUUUAGCAAGUUGAUAUUUUUUACUACAAAUUAACAACAAUUAUGUAUUUGCAAAAUAAAAAUAAAGUUUUUUGUGUUAA